UUUGCCUACAAGAGCAGGAACAACCAUACCGCAUUGGGUAAUUCGGAGACGUUCACCGCUUGACUGCUUCAACUCGCGGGGUCUUGGAGCCUAUUAGUAUUUAGUGACGCCGCCAUCUUUCCAGCCCCUGACUAUCCUCUGACACUGUACAUAACCCACGUCUUCAGUCCCGAGCUAACUGACUUUCUUUCAUUUGUCUUCUCUGCUAUUAUUCUCACACGACCACCAUGGAUGAAAUUGCUCCGGAGUACGAUGUUGUUGUUCUUGGCACGGGUUUGACGGAGUGUGUGCUUUCUGGAGUCCUCAGUGUCAAGGGGAACAAGGUUCUUCAUAUUGAUCGCAAUGAUCACUAUGGCGGGGAGGCCGCUUCAGUUAACAUUGAGGCUCUGUUCAAGAAGUACCGCGACCUUCAGCCGGGAGAGGAACCCUGGAAGAAAUAUGGCCGUGCCAAUGACUGGAAUAUCGAUCUAGUUCCGAAGCUCUUGAUGGCCAAUGGAGAGUUGACAAAUAUUUUGGUUUCUACGGAUGUGACGCGGUAUCUCGAAUUCAGGCAGAUUGCCGGCAGCUAUGUCCAACAAGGAAAGGGGCCCAAGGCAACGGUUGCAAGAGUUCCUUCGGAUGCUGGUGAAGCCCUUCGUUCGUCCCUGAUGGGACUUUUUGAAAAGAGAAGGGCCAAGAAGUUUCUGGAAUGGGUUGGCGAGUUUAAGGAAAACGAUCCGGCAUCUCACCUGGGCUUGGAUAUUUCUAAGUGCACCAUGAAGGAGGUUUAUGACAAGUUCAGCCUCGAAGAUAACACUCGCGAUUUCGUCGGCCAUUCGAUGGCUCUCUACCAGUCGGACGACUACAUUAACCAGCCUGGAACCGCCGUCGAGACUAUCAAUCGCAUUCGCCUUUACGUGAACUCCAUGGCGCGCUACGGAAAGUCGCCAUAUAUCUAUCCCCUUUACGGCCUCGGUGAGCUCCCUCAGGGUUUCGCUCGUCUUUCUGCCAUCUAUGGUGGAACCUAUAUGCUCAACACCAGCGUCGACGAGGUUCUUUACGAAGAUGGAAAGGUUUCCGGGAUCAAGGCCACCAUGAGUGAUCCUCAUGACCGCAGUGAAACCAUGAAGUUCACUACGAAGACGAAGAAGAUCCUUGCGGACCCCUCGUACUUCCCCGGCAAGGUCAACAUUACGGGCUACCUAUUGAAGGCGAUCUGCAUUCUAAACCAUCCCAUUGACAAGACUGAUGGCAGUGACUCUCUUCAGCUGAUUCUCCCUCAGUCUCAGGUCGGAAGAAAGCAUGAUAUCUAUAUCGCCAUGGUGUCAUCAGCGCACAAUGUUUGCCCGAAGGGCUACUAUAUUGCUAUCGUGUCGACAAUUGCCGAGACGGAUGCCAAUCACCAUCUUGAGCUCGAGCCCGGAUUUGAACGCCUUGGCAAGAUUGAAGAGAAAUUCAUGGGGCCUCCGAUUCCCCUCUAUCAGCCUCUGGAGAGCGGCGUGAAUGACAACAUCUUCAUUUCGAAGAGCUACGAUGCUACGUCACAUUUCGAGACCACAACCGACGACGUUCGUGAUAUUUACCGACGGGCAACUGGCGAAGAGCUAGUUGUCGAGGGCCUCCGGGAGGACCAGAGGCUUGCUGCUGAGUAGACUAUCCUGCUUAGGAUUGAGGGGUAUCUUUCAUACUUUUAGACGUUGCUGUCUUGAGCGAAGCUUCUUGGACGCCAUUUUCGUUUUGGUCGCUCCUAUCCCAAUAAUUUGUCGGGACGAGCACAUCAUCUAAUCGCGUUUGCCAGCAACUUCUACUAGUGAAAGGCUGGCUAUACAUCAGAAACGGCCUUGGUUUUGGUGUAUGGAGUUCGCUCUUUUCUCUUGUUGCCUGUCAGUGAUAGGACCUUAGCAUCGUAUUUAAUAUUGACCUGCUGAAGAAGUCAGCUAGCAACUAGAUUCUUAUCAGAC